AUGAAGAGUGACAGUCGUAGUCGACGAGGCAAUGUAAAUGUGGUUGUGGUGUGGCUCCUGUUGACCUUGCUGCUCCACCAAUGCCCCGUGACAUUAGGGGCAAGGCUUCGAGGAGGAUCAGGCGGAGGAAGUGAGCUGUGGCGGUCUGCCUUGAUUGAUGGUUCCAAUUCUGAUCUCAGCAUUGACAUGCCCAUGCCCAUGCACAUGGGGCAUCACCAUCACCAGCACCAUCAUCAACAACAUCAUGAGCAGCACGAACAGCAACUGGAUGGUCUAGUGUGUCCAUGGGAUGAAAUGUCUGCUGCAUCUGCCUGUCCUGCCAGCACUGCCAACAACCAAACCACUCCCGUCUGUCAGUACCACGCUGCCAUGGACGAGUACGAGACUGUGUGUCUCAAGACCCACGCCAUUGCACAGGACUCGGCCUGGUUGCCACAUGCCCACUCCAAAUCCUACUGUGGCGUCUGCAAAAAGUGCUUCCAGGACAGACUGGAACUCAAAGCUGCCAUUGACCAGUACAAGUCAUAUACACACGUAAACACGGAACUGGCCGAAGUCUAUGGAUGGCCCAUUGGAAAAUGGUGUGUCGACAAUGUCACUUCCUUCUCCAACCUAUUCUUCAAGAAAUCAAAGUUUAAUGAAGACAUUAGUCAAUGGCAGACUUCACAAGUCACUGACAUGACUUCCAUGUUCCAAAAUGCAUAUUCAUUCAAUAAACCACUCAAUACAUGGGAUACUUCCAAAGUCUCUGCCAUGACCAGAAUGUUUGCCAUGGGCAUUCACUUUGAUCAAGACAUUUCUUCCUGGGAUGUCUCUUCUGUCACAGACUUUGGAUACAUGUUCUUGCAUGCACAAGAGUUCAAUCAAGAUAUUUCAAAAUGGAAAGUACAUAAUGCAAGACAUCUCGUGUCCAUGUUCUUUGGAGCAACCCAAUUUGAACAAAAUCACCUACAGGAAUGGGAGAUUAGUGAACAUGCCGAUACACAAAACCUAUGUCAAUGGGAUGACAACCGGCAGUAUCAUCAUCAUCAAACAAAGAAGAACAAGAAAGAUAGUGCAACCACAACAAACAAUACACAGCAGAACGACAAGCCACAAUCGCAGCAACCGCUGUGA